AUGCUUAGGUCUUUUGUUGGAAAGGUACACAAGGGUUUCUCACAGCUCGUAGCUAGAAGGCCCACAUUCAGCUACUUCAGUGAAGAUUGUGCCACAACUUCGGCACCAGAUGAUGUCAUGGAAGGGUAUUUUGCUGUUCUUGCAACAAAGGGUGAAGAAACAAAAAGGUUUAUUGUUGGGUUAGAUUACUUGUCUGAUCCUGCAUUUUUGAGACUUCUAGACCAAGCUCAAGAAGAGUAUGGUUUCCGACACCAAGGAGCUCUGGCACUCCCUUGUCGACCUCACGAGUUACUGAAGAUUUUAGAUGCAGGAAAGCAUAACCAAAGAUGA